AUGCGCUACGUUAACUGUGCUCCAGAGCAGAGUCAGCAGAACCUGACGGCGUUCGUGCGCCAGGGAGCCGUGUACUACAGCACAUGCAAAGUGGUGAACGCCGCAGAGGAGCUGUUAGUGUGGUACGGGGCGAUGUCACCAGGCACGGGAGGAUACACGCGGGCUACCGGCCAUUCGUGUGCCACGUCUGCGAUAUGGGCUUCAACCGGCGAGGAUAUCUCAACAGCCACAUGGUGGUCCACACACACGGGGGAGAUGCCGUACGAGUUCCCAGACUGCGGCCAGUGCUUUACCCAGGCGUCCAGCAUGGCGACUCACCGUAGGCUGCAGCACUCGGCCCAAAGCACUCGACAUCACGUGUGCCCCGAGUGCGGAAAAGGGUUCACGAAGAGGUCUGAUCUCAACAGUCACCUGCUGAUCCACACGGGUGAGAAGCCGUACGCCUGCGCUGAGUGCAGGAUGAGGUUCACACAGCGCGGCACUGCCAAACGACACAAACAGGUCGUCCACGACCGCCAGUACCCGCUACACUGCCCGCACUGCGGCAAGGGGCGCAUCAACAUGGGAGACCUGAGAAGACACGUGCGCGCUCGUCACAACGACAAGGAGAAGGACGACGACUAG